AUGUGCCUUGCAAAAAAGGUACAUCAGUACUACGGUUAUUCCGUCGUUCAUCGGAACUGCUCUAUAGCUACGCAUCUGUAUCAGACACACAAGAUAAUAUACGUAUAUGUAUUUACUUUCUUUUAUUCGAUCUGUUUUUUUAAUUAUAGUUUAUUGAAAGCUGUGAUUUAUCGGUUAUUCUGCUGUGUGUCUACAAAUUCGUUGCGUUCAAGAAAGUUCCAUGGUGUUAUCCGUCUAGUCAUAGGUCAAGCUCUGAAUCUCACAACCCCAACUUGGGUUGUUUUGAAAAAAGCAACAUAUUUUCAAGUCCAGGCAACAGCGCGGAAUCCUAGUUAUAUAUUGGCAUUUGGCAUCAAUUUGCACUUAAGGUUUUGA